AUGCUACCCUUCACUCUCCCACGUAUUUUUUUCCUUAAGAACUUUUCCUUCCUGGAGGUUAGCUAUACCACAUCCACCAUCCCCAAGACGCUAGUGAACUUUCUCACAAAGAGGAAGAACAUAUUUUGGGGCUGUGCCACACAGAUGUAUGCUUUCUCCCUCCUUGGGAUGACAGAAUGCUGUUUGCUGGCUGCCAUGGCCUACGACCGCUAUGUGGCCAUAUGCCAGCCUCUGCACUACACGACCACGAUGAGAUGGAACACGUGCUUCUUGCUUUCAGCUGUGCCUUGGCUUACUGGGGUCUUGGUGGCCUUAGUGCAGACAACUUUCAUCUUUACCCUUCCAUACUGUGGUCCCAAUGGGAUCAAUCACUUUUUCUGUGACCUGCUGCCUCUGCUUAAGUUGGCUUGCGUGACCACCUGCAAAAAUGAAAUCACCACCUACAUAAUAGCUGUCCUUUUCAUCAUAGUCCUCUUCUUAUUCAUAGUUGUGUCAUAUAUCCAGAUUCUCCACACCAUCUUCAAGAUACCAUCAGUGAAGGGCAAGGGAAAAGCAUUCUCUACCUGCUUUUCUCACCUAGUUGUGGUCACUCUGUUUUACGGACCUGGCAUUGUGACCUACUUGAGACUCAAAGCUUCUUAUUCAAGUAGCAGUAGCAAAUUGUUUUCUCUUUCUUACACACUGUUGUCUCCAAUGAUGAACCCCUUGAUUUACAGCUUGAGGAACAAAGAGGUGAAACAAGCCUUUUAA